AUGUCUGUCAAUCCCUCGUAUUGCGUCCCAUUUGUCACGAACGGAUGCACUUUCGGAGGGAACUGCUCAAGGAGACAUGACAUCUUCAAGUGUUCAUGUGGAAGGAUCUUGCUUGAAGAAUACAGAAAGCCGCACACCAAAGGGAAUGCCCACCGUCAAGCACUUCAGGCUAUCCAAAAAUCUGGCGCUCAGAUCCCUAAAUCUUCCUCUACAGGUUCAGUUCCUCGCAACAGGGCAGGACGUUCGUCUCGCAGGAGUGCGACUGCGCAGUACGCUGCAGCGAGGCAAGAGUCCUCUUCCUCAAGCCCUGUCCAAGAGCAAUUAGUAUGCGAGCAUUGCCGUAGGAAGGUGGACAACGCCGAUUACGAUGCGCAUGUUGAGGGUCACAUGCAAAGGCAACGAAUGGAUGAUGCACUGGCGGAGCUGGAGGAAGCGAAGAACGACAAGGAGGGGGUCGUCGUGAGUGGAAGGAACGGCAUUGAUUUUGGAAUUUUGGCAGGCGACUGUACCGUGGAGAUUGGCAUCACCAUCACCAGUACGCUCUCUGCUGUCUCUCUCAAUCGAUGCCGGGUCGAGUCAUCAACUCGGAAAGAUGAACACGGGGUCAAGUUUUCUGCUCGUUUGAGAGGGAAGGGUCGAGUGAUUCCAAAAGGCGCUACGAGGCACCUCUCAGUUGUAUUCCACCCGUCAUACGCUGGAAAAUAUGACGAUAAUCUUGCCCUCGUUUUUUUCGACUUAGAGAAACGCUCUACCUUCGUCAUCACGCGAAGUGUCGCAGCUACAGUUGGGGAUGCAGAAGACCACGAGCAACUCAAAGCUAAAGCACCUUACAAGCGUCGCAGGAUCUUCAGGAUUGAUCCCAUAGGAACGGUAGUUCCUAGUAUGCGCCCCCCUACUUGGUCAAAGACACCUUGGGUGGACAAGUUGCUUCCGUUCUAUCCUCCUGAGCGCCUGAUCAAAAUGGCGUUUGGGCCACCCCCUGUUGUGAGGCAGGCGUAUACGAACGUGAAGAAGCACUACAUGCCCGCUGUUUUCAACGAGAAUACGUAUGCCUGGUUUUUCCAGACUCUCCUCUAUCUUGAGGAGCAUCAGGUCAAACUCGACUUGGAAGCGUACUCGUUGAGUGACGUCGAACUGAAGGCGGAUUAUCCGCGUUACAAGUUACUUGUAGAAGGAUUGGCAGAGAAUCGCCCUUCAGUCCUCGUUGGAGACUUCAUCCACGUCAGUCACCACGAGCCCCCCGAAACGCUCAACACGAACCGCACCUGGUACGAAGGACGAGUUCACAAAGUUCACGAAAACCACGUUACCCUCCUCUUCGGAGAAAAUUUCAGUACAUACAAGGGUACCAAGUUUGAUGUUCGCUUCGUCCUUAACCGUUUGCCUUUCCGCCGGAUGCACCAGGCGCUAGUGAACAAAGUCAAUCCGAAGAGGUUGUUGUUCCCGGAACAAGCACACAUCCAGGGUGUCACUAGGGUGUCUGCGAAACAGAUGGAGGAUAUAUCUCCCGCUAACCGGUUGGUUAAGGAGGAUGAGGAACAGUUGGAAACUGUGGCAGCUAUUCUAAAUCAAGCUCCAGGCAGUGUGCCAUUUGUAGUGUUUGGCCCGCCAGGAACUGGAAAGACCAUCACCAUCGUCGAAGCCAUGAAUCAAAUCCUUGACCGUGAUCCCAACGCCCGCAUUUUAGCCUGCGCACCAAACAAUUCUGCUGCUGAUCUCAUCGCCAUGAAGCUCAUGAACCGCGGACCGUCGCAAAUCUACCGUCUAAAUGCGCUCAGCCGCAAGUUGGACGACAUGGAUCAAUCCCUACGUCGUUUCUCGUCGAUCAACGACAAUCUCGUCUUUGCCAUGCCGGACAAGGAGUCGCUUCAGAAAUUCCGCGUUGUCGUUUCUACAUGCUUAUCUGCGGGAGUACCAGCGUCACUGGGGCUGGAGCGAGGGCACUUUAGCCAUAUUUUCAUCGAUGAAGCUGGGCAGGGAAAGGAGCCUGAGCUGAUGAUCCCGAUCAAAAGUAUUGCAGAUGACAAGACCAAUGUGAUUCUUGCUGGUGAUAACCAGCAGCUGGGCCCUAUCAUCAAUUCUAGCCUCGCUUCAAGUUUGGGGUUGAAGCUGAGCUAUCUUGCACGCAUCAUGCAGCGCGAGAUUUAUGAUUUAGCGAAAUACAAAGGCAUCACCAUUGUCAAGCUCAUCAAGAACUUCCGUUCGCAUCCCGACAUUCUGCGCUUCUCUAACGAGCAAUUCUACAACUCGGAGCUGCAGACAUGUGGUAACGUUGCGUUGACCCACUCCUUGGUCAACUAUGAAGAACUGCCCAAGAAGCAAUUCCCGUUGAUGUUCCACUCAGUCGUGGGGAAGGACGAGCGCGAAGCCAGCUCGCCUUCUUUCUUCAACAUCAUCGAAGCGACGCAGGUCAAGAAGUACUGUAUUUCGCUUAUCACGAACAGGAAAAACAACAUCAAGGCCGAACACAUUGGUGUCAUUACACCCUAUCAUGCACAACGAUGCAAGAUUUUGGAUCUUCUUCACAAAGAUGUUCGAUUCCGGGAUAUCAAAGUUGGGAGUGUAGAAGAAUUCCAAGGACAAGAACGACGUGUCAUUAUUAUAUCGACAGUACGAAGCAACACUGACUACGUGACGUCCGAUAUCAGGCGCUCGCUUGGCUUUGUGGCCAACAAAAGCCGAAUGAAUGUCGCGCUUACCCGCGCACAAGCCCUGCUUAUUGUAGUAGGCAACCCUACAGUGCUCUCCCUCGACCCGCUGUGGCGCUCCUUCCUUAACUACAUCCAUAGCCGUGGUGGCUGGCGAGGCAAAGAAAUCGACUGGGAUCCCAAGGAACCUGUCUUCUCAGAUGGUUCGUACGAUGCUACCAGGAAAUCACAAGCAGAAGCCGAGUUAGAGGACACGAUCGCCAAACUUCGCGCGAUGGUUAUUCAAAAGCAUGAAGACGAUGGAUUCGAAAUCGAUGAUGAAGAUGAUGAAGAUCAGGAUGCAGCUGCGUUCGAAAGACCAAUUCUACGAGAAGCGGAGUGA